AUGACCUCCAUCGAGUCCGCAUCGCGCCCCAGCCGCUACCGGGUGUCGCUCCUUGUCACUCCCAAGGCUGAAAUUUCCCGGGAGGAGUUUCACCGCUACUGGGCCGAACACCACGUCCCUCUGUUCCGCUCACUCCCCAUUGUCAAGAAGAACUUGCUCAAGUACGAACAGUUCCACAUCGAUCACGCAGCUACGUCCGCUCACGCAACGAUCACCGGAAACGCACCAAUGCCCUAUGGAGGGGUAGCGAUAUUCGAAGCCGAGACGCUGGAGAAGAUCCUCGAGAUUUUCAAGGACGAAGACUAUCUGCGGGUCGUGGCUCCCGACACAGAGAAGUUCGUCGACCCCAGUGGCUUUCACCUUCUAGCGGGGCACUACUCUACGACGUUUAACAUCGAGUAA